UAAACUCUCGGUAGAAAAAUGCCACUUAUCUUCCGAAAUGACUGAGAGAAUGUGGUCCUGUCUCAGAUCCUUCAACUCACUGAACCAUCUCACCAUCUCAGACUCCUCUCUCAGUUUCGCUUCAUCUCCUCUUGAGCUUCCAUUCGUCACAAAGCUAUCAGCUGAGAGAGUGACGUCACAAAGCUUUGAAGGUCUGCUCUCGUCGCUCCCUGGAUUGAGACAUAUCGAUAUCACUAUCGAUGAUGCAGAGAGAGACAUACCUCAGAUCACGGCUGGUCUUCGUCGGACCGGAGGACAGCAGCUCACACACAUCAUCAUUACAGCACCGGACUCACUCCCAUCAGAGAAUGACAGGGUUUCAAGAGAGACGAUGAGAGGACUGGGUCUGCUGAUCAGAGACCAAACCAAUAACCUAUUAUGGCUACAUCUGACCGGAGUGAAAUGUACAGAUGAUGAAGACUGGGUUUACCUCAUCGACUGCUGCAGAUGGGUGAAGACGAUGAAAUAUGUGUGGUUAGACAAAUGUGGAACUAGAAAGGGCGGCAGACUGGAAUCUCAUCUCACGGGUCUUCAAAUACCAUAUGGGCCCCUCUUUGUUAUUAUUGCUCCUGGUCAUAGACGGGAUUCAAAUAGUUAUCGCAUUUAUCACUAUGAUGGAGAUCCAGUGUAGAAUACACACUACCGGCCAAGCUCACAUGUACCGGUACUUAAUACCUGACAUACAUCACCAGGCUCGUUGGAGGACCUCAUGUCUUACAUUGGUUAAGUUCCACUGAUGACUAGGCACUACCCGGUCAAGUGGAUAUACGUCACAAGGUUUAAAGGGAUAGUUGAGUUCUGUUGCAGAAGGG